UGUAAUAAUGUUAGUCCAUUGUGGUAGAGCAUCGCAGUUACUCAUUGUCAGAUUUUGGUAACGCUGAUCCUCAGAGAUGGUGACCGCCAGGAGUGAAGCGCAGGCCCCCGCGGCUAUGGAAGAGAUACCUCAUGACCAUCUAUUCAAAGUCACCGGACUGUCUUCUACGAAUUUAGAAAAGAUGGCACAAGAGCCGGCGGCGGACUUCGAGGCGGCGAUAGCGGCCACGGGUUAUGGCGGAUUCAACAUCGCGCUGCUGCUUUGCACGCUGCCCGCCUUCUGGAGCGCCGUGUCUGUCACCAGCUCCGUCUCGUACAUCUUCACGCGCGCCCAGUGCGACAUGAACCUUAGUCUGCUAGACAUGGGCACUGUAAACGCGAUUACAUACGGAGGCAUGAUAUCGUCGGCGUUGUUGUGGGGCUUCUUGUCGGACACGCUGGGCCGCCGCCAGAUCCUGGCCUGGGGCUUCUUCUGUUCCGGACUCUUCGAGAUCGCUGCUGCCAUGAGUCAAAACUUCACCAUGCUGCUUAUUACGAGAUUCGCCAGUGGAUUUUUAUUUAACGGUCCAUUUGCGGUGCUGAUCUCGUACAUAGCUGAGCUCCACCGCACGGAGCUGCGCGCACGCGUCAUCCUGCUGACCAGCCUUUUCUACACCAUCGCUAAUACCACACUGCCACUGCUCGCCUGGGCCAUGCUCACACAGACCUGGGACUUCUAUCUAUUCAACGGAACCUUCGUGAUCCACUCGUGGAACCUGUUCCUGCUGGCGACAGCACUGAUGCCGCUGCUGACGGGGUUGGCUUUCCUCUGCCUUCCCGAGAGCCCCAAGUUCCUCAUGUCCCGGGGCCGCAAUGCCGAGGCCCUUGAGGUCUUCAGAAAGAUAUACAAGAUGAAUACCGGGAAAUCGAAGGACCAAUUUCCAGUGACACGACUAGUAGAGGAGAGGUCGCAAGAGCAGGGGCGCGGGGUAGCGGCCCUGCGGGGCGGGGCGGCACAGCUGGCGCCCCUCUUCCGCCCCCCGCAUGCGCCCUGGCUGCUGCUCAUGUGCGCCAUACACAUGGGAUGCAUGUUCGGAUCCAAUACGAUCCGGCUGUGGUACCCGCAGCUGGCGGCCAUGAUAGGGUCCGAGGAGAACGGCUCACUUUGCUCGGCCCUGGCGCCGGCGCCGGCCAGCACGGGGCCCUGUGCGCCGCUGCAGCCUGACAUGCUCACCUACCUGCAGAGCGCCGUGGUCGGCGCGGGCUCCGUGCUCACUUACAGCAUCGGCGGCGCCCUCGUUAACAGAUGCGGUAAGAAGGUGGUGGCGGGCCUGUGCGGCGUGGUUAGCGCGGGGAUCAUCGCACUGCUACCGAUGCUGGGCACGGGCGCCGCAGCUGUGGUUGCCAUGGUUACCGCAGCGUUAUCCUUCACCUCCCUCUGCGGCGCCUCGCUCUCCAGUAUCAAUGUUGAUCUUUUUCCGACCUCAUUGAGGGUAAUGGCGAUGGCUACAUUUCUAAUGAGCGGUCGCCUUGGCACCAUAGCAGGAACUGUCAUAUUUCCCGCGCUCAUAGAAUACGGCUGUCUUCCGCCUUUCAUUACAAUAGCUGCUGUUUUAGCUGCGUGCGGUUUUGGAUGCUUCCUUGUCCCAAAUACUACGCUCAAGAAACUGGAGUAAAAGCGCUUUACGAUUCAACAUAGAGUUUAUUCAAGCAUCAAAAUAUACGUUAA